GCCUGUUGCUUAUUCAUUCAGAGUGGGAAAGCGCCAGCCCAGCGGCCAGCCAGUACCGGGCUGGCCAUGUAAGGCCCCCAGGCAGUCCUGCCUGUCCGGUGCCCUGCAGAGAGCCUCGUGCAGCCCUGGGCACCGCCCCUGCCCUGCCCUGACCCCUUGGCCUCGAAAUGCUGUCAUCGGAGGAGCCGUCCCGCUCGGGACAAGGCCAGGAUGGACAAAGCUAGAGCUGGGGCAGGCAAGGAGCCGUCCUGUCCUCGAGGCCGUGGGAAGAGAAGCACGUACAGGAGUAUACUCCUGAGAGCCUCUCGGUCCACCAGGCCUCUGCAGAGGGGCCACCAUGGCUGUAGCCCGAGCAUGCUGGCAGCUGGGGGCCCUGGUGUGGGGCGCCUGCCUCUGCGUCCUGGUGCACGGGCAGGAGGCGCGGCAGGGGCAGGGCUCGGACCCGGGGCGCUGGCGGCAGCUGAUUCAGUGGGAGAACAACGGGCAGGUGUACAGCCUGCUCAACUCCGGCUCAGAGUACGUGCCGGCCGGGCCCCAGCGCACCGACAGUAGCUCCCGGGUGCUGCUAGCCGGCGCACCCCAGGCCCCGCAGCGGCGCAGCCAAGGAGGCCCCCGGCGUCGGCAAGCCCCGUCGCUGCCCCUGCCAGGGCGCGUGGGCUCGGACACCGUGCGCGGCCAGGCGCGGCACCCGUUCGGCUUCGGCCAGGUGCCCGACAACUGGCGCGAGGUGGCCGUCGGGGACAGCACUGGCAUGGCCCGGGUCCGCACCUCCGUCUCCCAGCAACGACACGGGGGCUCCGCCUCCUCGGUCUCGGCCUCGGCCUUCGCCACCACCUACCGCCAGCCGCCCUCCUUCCCUCAGCAGUUCCCCUACCCGCAGGCGCCCUUCGUCAGCCAGUACGAGACCUACGACCCCGCGUCGCGGACCUACGACCAGGGCUACGUGUACUACCGCGGCGGCGGCGGCGGUGGCGCGGGGGCGGCGGCCGUGGCCUCGGCGGGGGUCAUCUACCCCUUCCAGCCGCGGGCGCGCUACGAGGAGUACGGCGGAGGCGAGGAGCAGCCCGAGUACCCGCCGCAGGCCUUCUACCCGGCCCCCGAGAGGCCCUACGCGCCGCCGCCGCCGCCGCCGCCGCCGCCCGCCGACGGCCUGGAUCGCCGCUACUCGCACAGCCUGUACCACGAGGGCACCGCCGGCUUCGAGCAGCCCUACCCCGACCCGGGCCCCGACGCGCCGCCCGCGGGCGGCGGCGCCUACGCCGCCGACCCCCGCCUCGGCUGGUACCCGCCCUACGCCAACGUGCCGCCCGAGGCCUACGUCCCGCCGCGGGCCGUGGAGCCGCAGCCCCCGUUCCGCGUGCUGGAGCCGCCCUACCUGCCGGUGCGCAGCUCCGACGCGCCCCCGCCCGGUGGGGAGCGCGGCGGCGCACAACAGGGCCGCCUCAGCGUGGGCAGCGUGUACCGGCCCAACCAGAACGGCCGCGGUCUCCCUGACUUGGUCCCGGACCCCAACUACGUGCAAGCAUCCACUUAUGUCCAGAGAGCCCACCUGUACUCUCUGCGCUGUGCUGCGGAGGAGAAGUGUCUGGCCAGCACGGCCUACACUCCCGAGGCCACUGACUACGACGUGCGGGUGCUACUCCGCUUCCCCCAGCGAGUGAAGAACCAGGGCGCCGCGGACUUCCUCCCGCACCGGCCGCGGCACGCCUGGGAGUGGCACAGCUGUCACCAACAUUACCACAGCAUGGAUGAGUUCAGCCACUACGACCUGCUGGAUGCAGCCACAGGCAAGAAGGUAGCCGAGGGCCACAAGGCCAGCUUCUGCCUGGAGGACAGCACCUGUGACUUCGGCAACCUCAAGCGCUACGCAUGCACCUCUCACACGCAGGGCCUGAGCCCCGGCUGCUAUGACACUUACAACGCGGACAUCGACUGCCAGUGGAUUGACAUAACUGAUGUGCAGCCCGGGAACUAUGUCCUCAAGGUUCACGUGAACCCGAAGUAUAUUGUUUUGGAAUCUGACUUCACCAACAAUGUGGUGAGAUGCAACAUUCACUAUACAGGUCGCUAUGUUUCUACAACAAACUGCAAGAUUGUCCAAUCCUGAUCUUGGAGAGGAUGGACACACGGCCAAUGUCCCCACUUCCCAAAGCCGGCCCGGCUCCCCAGGAAACCUCCUGCCAGGACAGACCUGGCCCCGAGGGGCCCAGCCCCCACCCACAGGCAGGGGCAGCUGGAAGCCACAGGCAUCCCUCCCUGCCGGCCUCAGGGAGCAAACGCAGACCGAAACCACAGGGAUUCCGGAUGCCAGGCCCAAUUUUGUACUUAACUCUUCUCUACAACGUUAUUUUGUCGAUGGUUGGUUUUUAUUUUUUGUAUUUUGGCCUUACCACAGAGCAAGAUUGCCCAGGCCCCGGGCUGAAUAAAACAAGGUUUUUCUA